CUUCGUUCCGCGCCUUAUCCAUCUCAUCUUUAUUUGUCCACUUCUCGAACGUUUUCAAGGUAAUGUCUUCGACUACAUCCUCUCUUCCACCCGCUCCAGCCGCCUACAUACCUCCCUCCGCCGCACCGCCCUUCCUUCGCCGUCUCAUAGUUUCAGCUCUUUCAAGUCGGGGCUUCGACGGCGCAGAAGCUGGGGCUCUUACCGAGAUCGAACGUCUUGUUGAAUGCCAUAUAGAACAUGUACUUGGAGGAGCUAAGGAUUACGCAAACCUCUGUGGACGAAGGGAUGUUCACGCCGGCGAUGUUGUGAUGGCUCAGGAAGAGACUGGAUGGCGUGUGGAUGCGAUGAGAAAAGAAAGUAAACGGAAGCGAAGAGCCUUGAAUCUCCAAACUCGAUCUUCACCUCCCCCCUCCCCAACGUCCACCACAUUUACUCUACCCGACCUUCUUCGCCAAGAGCUAUCCACAGAAAGUGAUCAGAAACCGUCCAUCGCUUCAUUAUCAACAGCUAGAGGUGAGACGGGUGGAUCUGGGGAAAAAUUGAGCUACGCAGAGAGCUGGAUGCCAGGAUUACCUGAAAAAUGGACUUAUACAACGUCCAAUGGAGACUAUUCAUUCAACUUGCAAGAACAUGUCCAAGUGACAUCAUCGUUGCUGGACUUUAUAAAACUCACUGCUGCCGAACGAGGGGACAUCCCUCCUGAGCUGGGACUGGUCAAUUAUAGGAAAGACCCUGGUCUAGCUGCGGGCUGGGGUGUAAAUGCUGGUAGCACGAGAGUUGGCUUUGGAAACGGGGCUGGAGAGGAAGAAACGGGAGGGGCUGGGGCCAAAAAGAGGAAAUGGAGUGUCAAGGGCGUGGAAGGUUAGUAAAAAGCGAAAGAAGACCUGUUUCCGAUUGUCUACAUCAUGUGCAUAGGCCGUCCAAAAACUGCUACGGUA